AUGGCACGAACAAAACAAGUCCCCGUCAGACGUGAAUCGUCGUCCGAAUUUUUCAACAAGCAGACAGCAUCUUGGGUUGACACCGAUGACAGAGGAGAUAAGUUGCAAGUAACAAACGGGUACACAACAGCUGCCAAUGGCCCUCCCUCGAGCAGUGCAAAGCCCGAGGCUGGUGUGGUACAGCUUUUUAUCUCUGUCGCCGGCAUCUAUGCCUCUUUCUUAACAUGGGCCUACUUGCAAGAAAAGCUGACAACGACGCCUCAUGGCUCGGCGGCCGCUCCGGAGCGAUGGCACUUCCCAGUAUUUCUCAACACCAUUCAAUCUCUCUUCGCUGUGACCGUCGGUUCAAUUUAUCUCCUUUUCUCGACGCCCAAGGGUUCUUCCAUUCCCCCAAUCAUCCCAUCGCGUCGAAUUCUUGGGCCUCUUGCGCUCGUCGCCAUAACCAGCAGUCUGGCCAGUCCCUUUGGAUAUGCCAGUCUCGCGCACAUCGACUACAUCACCUUCUUGUUAGCCAAGAGCUGCAAGCUACUACCUGUCAUGUUCCUUCACAUCACCAUCUUCCGCAAGCGAUACCCGCUUUACAAGUACCUCGUCGUGGCGGCCGUAACCGCAGGCGUUGCCGUCUUCACCCUCCACUCGGGGAAAAAGAGCAAGAAGUCAACCAAGUCAGAAGAGGCCAACGUCGUUUGGGGUCUUCUUCUCCUGAGUAUCAACUUGCUCUUUGACGGCCUUACCAACAGCACCCAGGAUUACAUCUUCCAGACCUUCCGUCCCUACAGCGGUCCUCAGAUGAUGUGCGCCAACAACAUGAUGAGCACCCUUGUCACAGGCCUCUAUCUUCUAGCCAGUCCGUAUCUCGUCGCCACCGGUAUCGGUGAAUGGCUCGGCAUGGACGUCGCCGGUGGUGCAGGCGAAUUGCCUGCCGCCUUGGACUUUAUGCGCCGCUACCCAGCGGUCUGGAAAGAUGUUCUUGGCUUCGCAGCCUGUGGUGCCAUUGGCCAAGUCUUCAUUUUUUACACCUUGUCUACCUUCUCAUCCGUCUUACUUGUUACCGUGACUGUCACCCGCAAAAUGUUCACCAUGAUCCUGUCGGUCGUCGCGUUUGGCCACCGCCUCACUCACAUGCAGUGGCUAGGCGUUGGUCUCGUUUUCGGUGGAAUCGGUGUAGAAGCAGGUAUUGCCAGGCAGGAGAAGAUGGCAAAGGAGGCUGCGAAGAAGACCAUUGCAAAAAAGGAUUCUUAA